AUGGCGCGGCUUACCAUUUAUACAUACUUUCUAACGUUUGUAGCUGGUAUUUUGGCACAGGAUUUUUACCACACACCCAGGAUUGGAUCACAAAAACUCGCUUCGUGCUACAACAGCGACGGAGAGCCACAAAGAUGUAUACCGGAGUUCGAAAAUGCGGCGUUCAUGGUACAAAUGGAAGCAACUAACACAUGUGGCGACAAUGGCGAAAAGAUGUAUUGUAUUCAAACCUCAGCGGGUACAUCAACUAGGUCUUGUGAUUAUUGCAAACCAGGAAUGUUCUCAAGCUACUACUUAACGGACUUACAUUAUGAACAGGACAAUCAAACAUGGUGGCAAUCAGAAACCAUGAAAGAAGGCAUACAGUAUCCCAAUCAAGUCAAUUUAACGUUGCACUUGGGUAAAGCGUAUGAUAUUACUUACGUUCGUAUUGUUUUCUAUUCUCCAAGACCCCAAAGUUUCGCAAUUUACAAGAAGUCCAGUGAAGAAUCUGAUUGGGAACCUUAUCAGUACUUCAGUGCAUCAUGCCGAGACACAUAUGGCGUUCUGGAACAGCGAGCUGCAGAACUGGGCGCUGAAACAAGGGCUCUCUGUACAAGCGAAUACUCUGACAUUUCUCCGCUGUCUGGCGGUAACGUUCUGUUUUCUACGCUGGAGGGACGACCGUCAGCCUACACUUUUGACAGUAGUCCUGAACUACAGCAAUGGGUGACGGCUACCGACUUGCGUAUAUCACUCGAUCGUUUAAAUACUUUUGGUGACGAGAUCUUUGGAGAUGUACAAGUACUGCAGUCGUACUGGUACGCUAUAGCUGAUGUGUCUGUGGGAGCGCGGUGCAAGUGCAACGGACACGCGUCUAUUUGUGACACGCAGGAGCUUCCUGAUGGAACCAGGACCAGAUACUGCAGAUGUGAACACAACACGGCAGGACGAGAAUGUGAGAAAUGUCUAGAUUUCUAUAACGACAUACCGUGGAGUCGCGCUUCUUCUACGAAAGUGCACGAGUGCAAAGCCUGCAAUUGUAAUGGAUUCUCGAACAAAUGUUACUUCGACAAAGACCUUUACGAGCGAACCGGCCAUGGCGGUCACUGUAUCGAUUGUGCUGAGAACAGGGACGGGGCAAACUGCGAACGUUGCAGAGAAAACUUUUUCCAAGGAACACAAGACAUCUGUAUGCCUUGUAACUGCAACCCAAUAGGUUCAAGAAACUUGCAGUGUAAUGCUGAAGGCAAAUGCCAAUGCAAACCUGGCGUCACGGGCGACAAAUGUGAUAUGUGUGCACCAAAUCACUACGAGUUUUCGAAACAAGGUUGCAAACCGUGUGGUUGUAAUGAGUCCGGUUCAUACGGUAACACCCCUCAAUGUGACUCUGAAAGUGGAGUUUGUUAUUGUAAACAAAAUGUGGAAGGACGGCAGUGUAGAGAGUGCAAACCAGGCUACUUUAACUUAGAUCUUGGCAAUGAGUUUGGAUGUACUCCAUGUUUCUGUUUUGGACACUCAUCUCAGUGUAGUUCUGCACCCAAGUAUCAGGCUCAUGAGCUAAGUUCUCAUUUCAUAAGAGAUGCAGAAAAAUGGACGGCUGAAAAUAACAACCAUAAGCCUGAACGUCUAAUGUUUAAUGCCAACACUCAGAAUAUAGCUGUUUCAUCAAAGCAAUCGGAAAUUGUUUACUUCGUGGCAUCGAAUCAAUUCCUUGGUGAUCAAAGACCGUCGUACAACCAUGACCUCAAAUUUACAUUACGUCUUGGAGAAAAUAGAGGUUAUCCAUCGUCACAAGAUAUUAUUUUGGAAGGUGCUCGAACAUCAAUAUCUAUGAAUAUUUAUGGUCAAAACAAUCCGGAACCUUCUGACCAGGCCCAAGAGUAUAAAUUUAGAUUACACGAAGACCCAAGAUAUGGCUGGACGCCUACUCUCUCCAAUUUCGAAUUUAUGUCUGUACUCCAGAAUUUGACAGCUAUUAAAAUUAGGGGAACAUAUAACAAAGGCGGUCAAGGAUACUUGAUGAAUUUUAAAUUAGACACAGCAAAGAUUGGCAGAGAAAAGGGUUCCGCCCCAGCUAAUUGGGUAGAAAAAUGUUCAUGUCCGAAAGCGUACGUUGGCGAUUAUUGCGAAGAGUGUGCUCCUGGAUUUAAGCACGAACCUGCAAAUGGUGGUCCAUACUCCGCUUGUAUUCCUUGCGAGUGUAACGGCCAUGCUCAUAUUUGUGACACAGCUACCGGUUUUUGUAUUUGUAAACACAACACGACCGGAAGCAACUGCGAACUAUGUGCGAAAGGUUUCUAUGGAAACGCCAUAGCCGGGACGCCAGAUGACUGUAAACCAUGCCCUUGUCCUAAAGACAGCGGGUGCAUUCAGUUGAUGGAUCAAAGCAUCGUUUGUACUGACUGUCCUUCGGGCUAUGCGGGUCCACGAUGUGAGGUUUGUGCUGAUGGUCAUUUCGGUGAUCCCACUGGACAGUUUGGUCCUCAGCAAGAAUGUGAAGAGUGUCAGUGCAACGGUAACGUAGAUCCCAACGCGGUUGGCAACUGCAACAGAACUACUGGUGUUUGUCUUAAGUGUAUAUACAAUACCGCCGGGGAACAUUGUGAUAAAUGUUUAAGCGGAUUUUUCGGUGACGCUCUUGACCAGAAAAAGAAAGGCGACUGCAAACCUUGCCAGUGUCUCGAAGCCGGUACUCUUGAAAGCUCGGAGGGUCCACCUCAAUGUGACGGGCUCACUGGUUUUUGUGCUUGUCGACCACACGUUAUUGGCAAGAACUGUGACAAAUGCGAGGACGGUUAUUAUGAUAUCAAUUCUGGUGAAGGAUGCAAGCCUUGCGACUGUAACAUGGAAGGAUCCCACAAUAGUACCUGUCAUCCAGUUACUGGGCAAUGCUAUUGCAAACCUGGAAUAGACGGAAUUCAUUGCGAUCGCUGUCGAGCCUACUACUAUGGUUUCUCGCCUGAAGGUUGUCAUAACUGUGAUUGUGAUGAAUGGGGUUCCACCAACUAUCAAUGUAAUAUGCACGGACAGUGCUCAUGUCAAGAGAAUGUUGAAGGCAGAAGAUGUGAUCGGUGCAUGGAAAAUAAAAGACGUCGCGCUGAUGGUCAGGGUUGUGAAGAUUGUCCGCCUUGUUACAAUCUAGUCCAGGAUGCUGUCAAUCAACACAGAAAAGAGCUCAAGGAACUUGAUGAUAUAUUGGUGAAGAUCUCUAAAGCACCAACAGUUGUUGAAAAUGCUGACUUCGAUAAUGAACUUCAACGAGUUAGAGCUGAUAUCGAAAGGCUUGUACAAGAAGCCCAAGCAGAACUUGGUACUGGUCCAGGCAAUAGCAUUACCAAUAACCUCAUUGAACUCGCAGAUAGGCUUGCCGAUGUAAGGAAUAUGUUGUUUAAGAUUGAAGAUGAAAGUUACGAAGGUAACGAGUCAGUGGAAAGAAGUAAAAGUAAUGUUUCCAAAGCGGAGGACACUAUUGAAGCGGCACAAAAAGAAAUAAAUAGUGCUUUAGAAUACCUUGAUGGUGAAGGCGCAGCAGCUUUAGUAAAGGCUCGAAACAGAUCCGAUCAAUUCGGUAAACAAUCCGUCGACAUGUCCGCUUUGGCUAAGGAAUCUCGUUUAUUGGCUGAAAAAUUAGAAAACGACGCAAAGAACAUAAGAGACAUCGCAGAAAAGGCAUUUAAUGCUUCUUUAACAGCUAAUGCCAUCGCUAAAGACGGAAUAACGAAACAAGCUAAUAUAAGCAAUGAGGUACAGAUUUUAGCCAAUGAGUUGAAUGCGGCUACAGGGAAGUUAAGUAGCAUGGCAGAGUUGGCAGAACAGGCACUAAAAAGGGCUAAAACUGUAUAUGACGAAGCUUUAGGAUUAUACGCUGAAGUAAAUACAACCUUGCUACCAGAUAUUAAGCUAAACAAAUUACGCCAGGACGCAAGUGACAUGAAUAGAACAAUCGAUGAAAAAUCUGCAGAAUUGGAACAACUCAUAAGUGCUACUGAAGAUACUCUUAAAGCUUUAGAGGAACAAAUUCUUAAAGGCAAAGAUCUCUUAGAACAAGGUCACGAUAGGCAGGACGAAUUAUAUGAUCUACUAGCUAAGUUAGACGUAUUGAGGGCGCAAGCGGAAAGUGAUGUAGAGCUUACAAAAGCCACUUUGAAAGAUGCUAAUGAAAUUUAUAAAACAUUAAAAGAAUUUAGUGAUCAAGUAAACGAGUCACGGCUAUUAGCGGUACAGGCCGCUCUUGAUGUACCAGGAGUACAACAAAAAGUUGCUGAAGCAGAAGAGAGUAUCACCAGCAUCACUGAAGAGUUAAAUACAGCUAGUGACAAGGCUAAAGAUGCCAGAGAUUUGGCUCAGCAGGCUCAAAAAGAAUUUGCUGAUAAAGCUUCGGAGGCAGCGCAUGAGAUACGAAAGGAAGCUUCCAGAUCAAGGGCAGAAGCGCUUAAUCUUCGAGACGAAGCCGACAAACUCUCAACGCGAGUAAAAGGAACUGCGAAACAAAUCGAAGAUCUUGAGAAACAAGCCGAUGAAAACAUGCAGUUGACGCGAGACGCAAAGAUGAAGGUUGGUCAAGCCAACACGGAUGCUCGAGAAGCUGAGAAACAAGUAUCCAAAGGUUUGGAAGAUUUAAAAGUAAUCAUGGAUGAAUUACAAAACUUGCCAACUUUAGAUGACGACGCGCUCGAUAGGCUUCAGAAAAGUCUCGACAAAGCUGAGAGUGCAUUGCGAGAAGUAGAUCUUGACGGAAAAAUCAAAUCCUUAACCGAAGCUAAGAACAACCAUCAAAGAUGGAUAAAACAAUAUCAAGAUGAACACGAUCAUCUCAGUACCGAGGUGGACAAUAUCAAGGACAUUUUGAAUCAAUUGCCUGACGGCUGUUUCAAAAGAAUUGUCCUUGAGCCGACGGAGGGACCAAGUAGGCCAGCCAGCUUUAGAUAGAUUAUUUACAAAUGUUGAACGUAUAUCCCGAACAAAAAAUCUUUUUAAAUUUUUGUUGUUGUAAAAAAAUAUAUUGAAAUCGGUGUAAUCAAUUGUAAUACGUAAAAAUAAUCGUUUGAAAAAUUAACUUGCGGGUUAUACGUUCUAUAAUUACGAGUGUAUUUACGUAAACUUAUCAAUUAAAAUAAAAUAAAUAAAUUAUUGUUGUAAGCAA